AUGUGUGCAGGUAUGGAAGGGGGAAUUUUGCUGGUGUGUUCGUAUGGUUUAGUUAAUGUUCUUAUUCGGUUGAAUCACGAUUCGUCGUAUGUGAAGAUUGUUGAUGAAAUUUGUGGGAAGUUCGAUGGAUUGGUACCAGGUGCGGUGUGUUUGUUUUUUGAUUUUCCCGGAUAUAAGAAGUUUAAGGUGGAUAGCGACGACGACAUUCAAAACAUGUUGUGCCUUGCUAAGUCGUUCGGGAUAAAUCACAUUGAGGUCGUCAUUCAGGAAAGUAGUGUUGGUGUGGGUGGUAAUCGUGUCGUGUUGGAUUUCGCGGACGAUGGGGGAAUGUCACGGCAUGUUAGCGGGAAUGAGUUCGUGGAUGACCAGAUGGAUUUGUUACCAAUGUAUUGUCCGAACAAAUCGAAGACGUUUCUGUCGGCGCAAUGGGCGCAUGGUAUUACCCAUGUGGGACAAUGUUUUGAUGGUGGAGCAACUGAAUUCCGCGAAGUUCUGUGUAAGUAUGCUGUUGAACGUGGAUUUCAAUUUAAGUAUGUUAAAAAUGACUCCGUGCGAAUUACGGUAGUGUGUAAGUUUGCGGCUUCAACAGAUUGUCCGUGGUCAGUUCAUGCGAGGAUGUUACCGUCAAGUGGGGUGUUAUGUGUUAAGAGGUUUGAUAGUGUGCAUACUUGUGGGGCUGCUGUACGUACUUCUAGGAACCCUCGUACGGGGUCUGAUUUGGUGUCUACAGUUGUUGCAGAUCGACUGCGUGAUAAGCCAUUGACGCGCCCCACUGAUGUCGUGUUUGAUUUGAAGAACGAUUAUGGUUUGGAUAUUAGCUACCGGGUGGCAUGGUUGGGUGUUGAGAAAGCUAGGGGCGAGGUGUACGGGGAUCACGCUACGUCCUUUGAUCAGCUGAGGUGGUAUAGCAAUUCUGUUAUGCAAAAAAACCCAAAUAGUUACAUUAAUCUUGAGUUUGACCCAAAAACCGGGAGCUUUGUUAGGUAUUUCAUAUCAUUUCGCGCUUGUAUAGAUGGGUUCAAACACUGCCGGCCUAUGCUUUUUUUGGAUGGAACGUUUUUGAAAGGUAGAUUUAAAGGUAAUUUGCUCGCAGCUACUGCUAAAGACGCCAAUCAAGGAUUGUUUCCGGUAGCCUUUGCUAUUGUUGAUUCCGAGAAUUCAGCUAAUUGGGAAUGGUUCCUUCAUAAUUUGAAAGAAGUUGUUGGGGGUGGGCGAACAUUGACUUUCAUAUCUGACCGCCAUGUCGGAUUAUUACACUCUAUGCCCAUUAUUUUCCCUUCAGCGCAUCAUGCAUAUUGUUUGUUGCAUCUGCAAAUGAACUUGCGGGAUCGAAUGAAAUAUGUUAAUGCAUCGCACAAAAUUGGGUUGAUGCGAAAGUUACGGGAAUGUGCAUAUGCGCCCACUGUUGAUUGUUUCAAUGAGAAAUUGGAGGAAUUGAAGAAGGCCAACCCAGCUGUGAUUGAAGAUUUUAUGAAAGACCUGCACCCCAAACACUGGUCUAAUGCGUAUUUUAGGGGCCAACGGUAUGGGGAGAUGUGCUCAAAUGCUGCGGAAUCUUUCAACAAUUGGGUUGGUGAGGCUCGUCAUCUCCCCGUCACGAGAUUGGUCGAUAUGAUAAGGGGUCAAAUAAUGGAGCAGAUGUCGGAGCGCAGAGUUAAAUGCAGUAAAUGGGACGGUGUUAUAGUUCCGAAAAUGGAGAAAAAAUUGGUGGCAGCGUAUAACAACAGCAGGGCUUGGUGUGUUAGCCAGGCUAAUGAUGAUGUCUAUGAGGUCCACUCCCACCCAUCGGUGUUGGUUGAUGUCGGCAAGCUGACAUGUUCUUGUUUUCAGUGGCAGAUCAGCGGGUUCCCAUGUUCCCAUGCUGUGGUUGCAUUCCGUAAUAGUGGAAGAAACAUCUACGAUGCCAUAGACUCCGCAUUUUGCAUUGAUACAUUUCGAGCUACUUAUAGCGGAACCAUAUACCCCAUCCCAACAGUGGGGAGGCCACUGUUUAACCCAGCUGAAUGUUUGAUAGCUCCGCCGACGGCCAAGCGUCCCCCCGGUCGGCCAAAACGGAAGAGAAUUCCGUCCAAGGGGGAGGUAGUGCAACGUAUACGUUGUGGUCGUUGCGGAAAAGUGGGCAAUCACAAUAGGAAGACAUGCAAAGAGCCAUUACAGUUGGGCUGCCAUAUGAUUUAA